AUGCUGGCAUUGGUCUCGAAGGAUAACGACGACCGUGGCCCGGCGCUGGAUGACAAGGAGCUCAAUAUGACCAAAAUAUUCGGCGACACCAAUCCCCUCAGCGCGCUCCUGAGGAAUGACUUGAAGUACAAAAUAGUGAAUGGCCUGUGUGCUUUCAGGACCCCUGAUCCACGAUCGACCCUGGCCUCAGCGGUACCUUCGCGCUGCCCCAAUUCUUCGAGGUGGCUCUGGGAACAAGCAUAUUCCGAGUUACUCAUACAUCCUGUCAAACUAGAGUAUCUCAAGUCUCUGGGAUGCUUCGAGCUACCACCCCAAGAGACCUGCGGGCAACUCCUUGACAUCUAUUUUAGCAGGAUCCAUCCAUUGCUUCCAGUUAUGGAUCGAGCAGAAUUCCUUUCGCGGUAUUACAGUUCCGAUGACCCGCCACCACUAAUCCUGCAAUUGGCCGUGUUCCUUGCAGCGUCACGAUAUACACUCAUCAGCCCAUUAUCCACGCCGUCGGGCGAUACAAGCAUCCGUGAACGAUGUGACUUACUCCACACGAAGCUUCAGGCCCUAUGUGACAUUGAUCUCAUCAAAGACCGGCUACCAGCGAUACAGGCCAAUCUCCUCGCCAGCCUCCAUUGGGAAGGAAGAGAAGGGAUCAACUCGGCCUCGGACUGCUUAAGUCUUGCGAUAAGACUCGCACAUGAAUUGGGUCUACAUCGUCGGAGGCCACCGAAUGCUCGCUCCCGUGGUUCCCAACUUUCAGGGGAAGAAACCCUGUUGAAGAAAGUUUGGUGGUGCCUGUAUGCCUUGGACCGGUUCAACGCGGCGCAGGAAGGCACGCCACUGUUGAUCAAUGAGAUAGAUUGCGACGUCGAGCCCCUGACGACGGAUGAUUUGCUGGGAGAAGAUUUGAUCACGACACAGACCACGCUCUACAAUGUCUCCCUGAGUUUGAUCCUUGAGACCGCUAUGCGAUCUUUUUACAGUGUGAAAGCAGAUGACUCCAACAAGGAUUGGCACACCAGGCUUGAGAUCCGGGACCGUCUCUCCGGUCGACUAGAUCUGCUCUGUCACCAGAUUUCCAUGACCCUUGGAGGGGGCCAACCAGCCAUUACGACCAAUACCACUGUUAGCUCGGCAAUGAUGUGGUCGUUGUUCUUACAAACCCAUCUAAAUGCUGUACGAAUUCUCAUUCAACGGCCUUUUCUAACAUAUCUUGAUCCUUCCACGGGAACCUAUCCAUGCCGAGUGCAAGCCCGACGGCACUCUGAUGAGAUCAUCCAUAACCUCAAUGUGUUGCGGUCCAAGAAUCUCCUUCGGUUUUCUUGGCCUUUCACGAUCUUCAGUAUCGUCUCCGCCAUGUUGAUAUAUUGGUACGAUGUGAAUGACAGUGGCUUUUCUGAGCAGAAGACCAUAGCGCGAUCAAAUUUUGAAUUGGCGGUAGAAUGCCUUGGUGACCUGAGUGGCGAAUGGUGGGCCGCAGCAGCGAAGCAUAUGCUUGGUAAGGCGUUGCUCCGUAUCGCUGACAGUUUGCAAGUGGCCAAAAAUGAUCGUGGACGACAGGCUGGGGCUCCCAACGGCGUCGAGAAUAUGGAUAACGUGGAGGAAGAUGGAGGGCAGGAAUCAGAGGAUAUGUUACCAGACGCGGCGCUGGAACCAUGGGUGAUGGAACCAUGGGCGUUGGAUAAUGAAGACCUCUGGCAAUAUCUCGGCCUUGAUUUUGAGCGAGACGUUGCUCAGGGCAUUUUCACUAUUCUGGAGCCGAACCAACGCACUCAAUAA